CCCUCCCUCCGCAAGAAGGCGAAAACCUGAAAGUCGGCGAAGAAAGUUUUGUAUAUUUUCUUCAUGGAUAGCCAGGGUAUGCUGUUGCAACAUACAGUGCUAAGAUCGGCGACAGUCAACAAAGAGUACUAUCAAAAGGUUGUGCGGAGGGAUCUAACGAACGCUAUCAGGAAAAAGCGAGCAGGGUGCGACAUCGAAAAUUUAAUUUUUAAUCAAGAUAACGCUCCAGCACACCGCGCAGACGAGACUCUCCUUAUUAUUGACUUCUUAGGAUAUGAGCGGCUACGUCAUCCCCCUUAUAGCCCCGAUCUCGCCCCCUUAGACUUUUGUGUUUUCCCUAGACUGAAAGCAGAUUUGAGGGGUCGGAGGUUUGAUACAGAAGAUGAGAUCAAAAAUGCUGUGAGGUCCACAAUAAGAAGUUACACUCCAGAGUGGUAUGCAGACAUUUACCGGAAGUGGGUACAGCGGCACAGGAAGUGUACUGAACACAAUGAGGACUAUUUUGAAAAAGCAUGAACGUGACGAUAAGUUGUUUCUGGAAUAUGAACGUCACCUGAACGUCGUUUGCGUCGUCGACGUCGCCGAAGUGCUCCGUACGUGACAUAGUGUAUAACUUUAACGGGGUGUUAAAUAUGUGUAACAUUUAUGAAAAUCAUUGACUCUUAUAUAUUCAUGCAGCGAUUUCUCUAAAUUUUAAUGUGAUAUAUGACAUUAUAAAAACAUACACAAAAUAACAAAGUUAUCGUAAGACUCCGGG